GUCAUAUCCGAUUUAGCCACAGUCUGUUUGUCCAAAAUAAACAGUUAACACUUUUUACUUUGAAGUUUUUGGGGUUUUUUUCUAUAACUUUGCGGCUUUUUGUGUACAAAGAAAACGUGCAACGUCAGGAGAAACCGGAAGACAGUAGCUCAAGCUCAAUCUAUGCCCGGACAAAAAGAUUCAGCCCCGUGUUCGGGAAGAGUCAACCCCUCACCAGUUUACAGUCCCUCAAAGGAAAAGCUGAUAAAUCCGAAUCAUAUGCAGUGACUCCCGCUCUCAGCGAGGCUCCUAAAAUCCCCGUCCGGUGUUGACUAACACCGGUGGAUUUUCUUUCAUCAUGUCCCAGACCAACACAUCUCUGCUGGACGAGGUGGUGCACUGGAGUCAAGAAACCUGUCGCCGGGAGCUGAAGUCUGUCCUGCCAAAACUUACAUCUUUGCAUUAUGAGGCAGAUAGUUGGGAUGAUCAUCUACGUAUACUGAAGAUAAUCACAGAGAUGUUCUUGCCACAUAUUGGUUUAUCAGAGCUGGAAGAGGAGUGUUUUUCCAUGAUCCUACCAAAGGUAGUAACAAUGUUCAACAGGAUGAUGAAAGAAAUCAUGAAUCAUGUUGGUGAACUUUCAAGUCAAAACACCGAACUGUGUGCUUUUCUAAGGAAUAUUCUGCAGGCAAUGAUGCAGGUGAUCGAUGCGCUUUCCCUUUGUGUGCGCCAUGCUGGCUCAUUUGAAGAAGGUCCUUGUUUGGAUGCUAUCCGUUCGCUGCCGACUUGCAUCCUUAAAGUCCUGAGAGAAACAUUUCAGCACUGCAAGGAUAGUGAGAUGGUUUACUGCGGCCGUCUGUCUCUGGUGGCCGAUCUGCUGCAAGGACUCUUCAAGGAGGCCUAUUCCCUGCAAAAGGGUCUACUGGAGGUCCUGGAUAGGAUCUCUCUGGACAGCAGCGCCUCAGAUGAGGAGGUUUCUGACAUUGUUACAGUGAUUCACAGCCUUUUGGAUAUCUGCUCCAUUAUUUCCAACCUAGAUAUUGCACUGCAUGCAAACACAUGGAAGUUCCUCAUCAAACAGAGCCUGAAGUACCAGUCGUUGGUGGAGGAACAUCUGCAACAUGGCGACAUCAUCAAAAACCUGUCUGACAACCUACUGGCUUCCUUCCACAGCAGUGUGGACAUGGCUGAACAGAUUAGGCAGGCAGGUUUACAGGAGGCUGUUCAGAGUCCAGAGUACAAACUUUUCCAGAAAACUGCAAAGAUGUGCAGAUUCUUUGCUAACUCUUUGGUCCACUACAUAAAGGAAUUUAAAUAUUUUCUGACAAAAAAAUCCAGCUGCUUUCACCAACUCUACCUCCAGAUCAUCAGUAAGUUCCCUCCAAGUUUGUGUGCUCCAUCGCUGCCCACAGCUCUAGCCGGGGAGCUAAAUGCAUCAGCUCUGGUUCCGAUGGAUACUUUCCUGCUCCAGCUGUUACCUCUAAGGCCCUUUGCUGAAGUCGUGCUGCAGCCAGACAUAUGGUUGAGUCCUGAACAUGAACUUCCUCAUCUUCUCCUGCUGGUGAACAUUCUGGGACAGCUUCUCAGCCAGUCAGAGGAAGUGAUGCAGCUUUGGUACCCUGGAAAUCAGUUCCCAGAAGAUACACCGAGGCUUCCUCUCUAUGAGGCUAUCUUUAUUGGCUUCCGACGAUGCUAUACUGAGCGUAAAGUACCAGUGCUAUUGCCAGGGGUGAUGCUGAAGGGUCAGGCCCAGGCCGAUGUCACUCUGCACCAACACAUCUGUGUUCAGCUCUGUGCCAGUGUGGCUGUGCUCCCUCCAGUCUACUUUCCUGUACUGGAACGUUGUUUGGUUGACGCUGUUCUGCAGGCAGAUACUCCAACAGCUUUAUUGGCAGCAGAUGUGUGGUGCUUUACAGCACGAUAUGGGACAGCAGAACUUUGCCUACAUCAUGUCCUCCUUCUUGCACAGAUGGUGAAAGCCUGCAGCACUGAGAGUUACCAGUUGUUCCACCUGGGAUUGCUACUGAAACGCAUGGUUUUCCUUAUGACCCCAAGCCACCAGUUGGAGUUUGUGGCAAAGUUCCCACCAUCAAAUGUGGAAAAUCUCCCGGUGUGGCAUCACGUCCUCCUCAGAGCUCUUUCUCAGGAUGUGCGUCGCCGUGUGGAGACAGAAAUCAUUGGUCUGAUGCAAAGGGUUCUAAAGGAGUGGCAGGAUGGAGGAUACAAACUGGGACAAGUGGACAAAGUGAACACAGCGCUGGGGUCCGUCCUCGCUGCGCUUCGAGGGCAGUCUUCUCCUGAGGAACCAUGUUUGUUGUCUGCAGUGAGGAUGACCACACAGCUGUGGUCACGAAUGAGUCCCAGUCAGUUGCAGACCCACCCGGUGCUCCAGCAUACUUUAACGCUGCUCCUGUCAGCAACAACUGUUGUUGUAAAGAGCAUCAAGCUCGAAACCAUUUCUCAGGCUCUGCUGUGUCUAGAAGCUGUGGUCUCUCAGAAAUGUCCAGACCAUUUACUGCUGGCUGCUCUGGAGUUUCUCUCCUCCCUGGGAAAGAUCUUUUUUCCUCCAGACAGUCAGAGUCAGGUUCGUCCUAGAUUGAGCAGCCUGUUUGGAGUCCUUCUGGCUGACAAGUCCUGGCUGCUACAUCAGCACGCCCUAGAGGCAUUUUCUUACUUUGCAGAGAAUACAAACCAUGAAGAGGUCAUUUCCCAGAGUUUGUGUGUGGAAGAAACAAAGACCAGAGUGGUCAAUUACCUUAGCAAGACAAUGAACUCACAAGAAGAUGUGGGGUCACGGCUGCAAAGGCUGAAACAGGAGAAAUCAGUGAUCGAGCAACACAACGAGAAGCUGGAGAGCAAAAAAAGCGUCUCAGAUAAGCAGGCUGCUGAAUCCGAAGCCAUCACAGACUCUGAGCCAAGCCCAAAGAGAGCUCGACAGGAGACAAAUGCAGAGGAGGAAUACGACCGCCACAUCCAGGCAGCUCAGAGCUCAUUAAAAGCCCUUCAAGCUCUCGUACAGAAUGAAAACAACCCAACAGCAUCACUUCCAUUGUGGCUGGAAGCCAAACUUCAGGAACUGCUGACCCUCAUAACAGAAAUUACUUCAGUCAGACACAUAACCUAGCAUUUUUAACUUAUUUAAAAAAAAGACCGUUCUUGUACAAUGAAUUGGAUCGGUGUCAUUUUGAAUUUAUUUUGCCCCUAAUGUUUUUGAUACUGGUUAUUAAAUGUACAAAAAAACUGA